AUCUUCCUCGGAAAGUGACGUGAGAUCGAAGUUGACGUAACCCACUAAGAAAUCCCCGAAUCGCCCUCUCUCUAACCUCACCAGCCUCUACCCAAACAAGGGUACAGUAGUCAUUUACCCCAAAAAGUUGAAAAAAGAUUGGGACAAGAAAUCCUCAUGACUCAUGAGCCUAAGUAACAUGAUCACUUGACUUCAAAGCCAAGUGAAAUGUGAUGAUGUUACUUACCUGACAUGCAAAGAUAGCGAAGAUGCUCCAUCAUCAAGGAACAAAGAAUCCAACCAAAAAUCAAAGUAGACACCUUUCUUUAUUGUCUCUGUUGUAAAAUUCAAUCUCACACUGUUCAAUUUCCAAGAAUGACUUCUCUUACGCCUAGAGUGUUAAUCAAGCUGCUCGAGACGAUGAACACCAACAUCAAGGUUCGAGGUGAAUAUAGGUCUGUUCUGUUGCAGGUAAUCAGCAUUGUCCCUGCUUUAGCUGGCUCAGAGCUUUGGCCAAACCAAGGCUUUUUCAUCAAAGUAUCAGAUUCUUCUCACUCCACAUAUGUCUCAUUGAGGAAUGAAGACAACGAACUUAUCUUGAACAACAAAUUGGGAUUAGGACAGUUCUUAUACGUUGAUAAGCUUGAAGCUGGAACACCUGUUCCUGUAUUGGUGGGAGUUAGACCGAUUUCUGGUCGCCAUCCUUUUGUAGGAAAUCCAAAAGAUUUGAUGCAAAUGUUGGUACCUAGUGAGACAACAUCUCUGCAAGAAGAAAAUCACAACCAAAAGAAGCAGAAAGAUGGUGCGAGAUCAAACAUGAUGGAGAAUACAAGAAAACAUCAACCUUUUGUAAUCAAGGAAGAGAAGACAGGUGUGGCUUCACGAUAUAUGAAGGGUGUUGUUUCAAAUUCAAAGGCAAGUGGAUCAGAAUCGAGUAGUGGCGGUAGCAACAAUGAGGGUGAGACUGGAUCGAUAAUCGUGGCUAAGAAAGUUGGUGGAUUGGCUAAGGUGAAACAAAGGGAGCACAAAGAUCAGGCACGUCAAGCUAAUCCUCCACAAUCUCGGCCUGUGACAGCUCCAACAAAGGCAGAGCCAAAGAAACUCUCUUUGAGCUCCACUGUGAACUACAUAAACAGGAAGAGUAAUUCUUCCGAGGAUACAUCAUGGAGCUCUCUGCCUACCUCUCUCAGAAACUUCUUCAUCCUCCAGAGUAUCCUUGACCAAGCACAGGUCACAGUUGCAGCAUCGAAAGAUAAAUCAUUCCAGCCGGUGAAUAUUCAUUCAUUAUGGACGGAACCUGAAAAGUUGAGCAAAAAAUCUAGCCUAGCUUCAAGCAGAACCACAACAAAGUCUUCAAAAACUCUAACGGAAGCCGAAAAGCUAGAAUGGGUUAAGGGAAAUGGCACAGAAGAGAUAAAAGAACUGAGAAACACUUUGAAACGAGAAACAAGAAGCUGGUUUCUGAAAUUCUUGGAAGAUGCAUUAGAUACUGGAUUACAUGCUAGUGUUCCAGAGAAGAAAGGAAAAACCAAAGGAGCGCGAGUAGCGGAACCAGAUAAUCAUAUUGCCGAGACAUUAUCCCAACUUAAGCAAGCAAACGAAUGGCUGGAAAAAGUUAAAAAUGAUAAACUCUCUAGUGAUAAUUCUUUGUUAGAGAAUAUAGAACGAUUGAAGAAGAAAAUAUACUCUUGCUUGCUACUUUAUGUAGAUUCAGCUGCAUCAGCUAUUGGAGUAUAGGCAACCUCGUGACGGACAGUACAACCGAUAUGGUUGUGCUGAGUUGCCUAGCAACAAUGAAAUAACUUUACACAU